AUGAACCUCAAGAUGCCAGUUGCUCAAACUCCAGAUUAUCUUCAAUCUGUCGAAGAUCAUGCUAGGGCUACAAUCAAGACCCUCUUUGAUUUUCUUCAUGCCCAAGGCCAGGGAGAUUACCUCGGAGAACGAGUGACCCAGCUGGAACACUCACUUCAAUGUGCGCAUCUUGCCACUCGAUCUGCGGAGUACGCCAAUGAUCCGGAGGUCAUCCUUGCUGCAUUGUUACACGAUGUCGGGCGCUUUAUUCCCGCCGCCGAGAAAAUGGGUAAGAUGAUUGCCCCGGAUGGGCAGUAUGUUGGCCGCAUGAGCCAUGAGAUUCUGGGCGAGUCUUAUCUGCGUCAAAUUGGAUUCAGCGAGAGAGUGUGCCAGUUGGUUGGUGCACAUGUCAUGGCUAAGAGGUAUCUUGUUGCCACCGAUAAGGCCUACCAUGACGGUUUGAGUGAGACUAGCAAGCGGACUUUGCGCUUUCAGGGUGGAGGAUUCACUGAUCUGGAGGUACUCGAAGCACAGAAAGAUCCUUGGCUGCAAGCUAAGCUUGCGGUCAGACGAUGGGAUGACCUGGCCAAGGACCCGGACUGUGUAGUAUCUCCCCUCGAAGCGUACGAGGAAAUUGCUUACCACUGUCUGCUUGAUUCCAGAAGCAAGUUUACGUUGCAUUCGAGGGAAUAUAACCUCCCGACCCAGACUACGGUGGUGAUUUGCGUCGAUGGAUUCGACCCAGAGUACCUGGAAUCAGGAUUCAGGAGAGGGCUUCUUCCCACGUUCAAAAAACUUGUAGAGGAGGGGUUUCACGCUCCAGCUAAAAGCUGCAUGCCCUCAUUCACCAACCCCAACAAUGUCUCCAUUAUCACCGGUGCACCCCCAUCUUUCCACGGGAUUGCAGGAAACUUCUUCCUUGACCGAGAAACCGGCGAGGAAAAGAUGAUCACAGAUGACUCUUUACUUCGGGGCUCCACUCUGCUCGAACAAAUGUUUCAGAGAGGUGUACGAGUUGGCGCCAUCACAGCCAAGGACAAACUUCGCAAGAUCAUCGGGCAUGGUCUGAAAGGCGCGAUUUGCUUUUCUGCCGAGCGCGUCGCAGACUGCACACUCGAGGACAAUGGAAUUGAGAAUGUCGAAGAGUGGCUAGGCCAGUUGGGGCCAAGUCAAUACUCUGGCGAGCUAUCAUUAUUUGUCUUGGAUGCAGGAAUCAAGCUUCUUCAAGAGAGAAGAUCAGACUUUUUGUAUCUGACUCUCUCGGACUAUAUCCAACACAAACAUGCCCCAGGAAGCAAGGAAGCAGAUGAGUUCAUGGGUGCUAUUGACGAGCGUCUGCGAAAACUGAUCGAAUUGGCACCAAUCGUUGGCGUCACUGGUGAUCAUGGGAUGAACCAAAAGUCGAAUGAGCGGGGGGAACCGAAUGUCCUUUUCCUUGAGGAGGCUCUCAACGCAAACUUUGGUCUCAAUGCUACUCGUGUUAUCUGUCCUAUCACGGAUCCCUUUGUGCGACACCAUGGUGCGCUUGGAUCAUUUGUGCGUGUCUAUUUGAAGGACAUCACCAAGCUUCAAUCCAUGCUGUCCUUUUGCAAGUCGCUCCCAGAUAUCGAAGAGGUGCUUAGUCGAGAAGAAGCAGCCGAGAAAUACGAUAUGCCAUUUGAUCGAGAGGCUGACAUUGUUGUGAUCUCAAAGUCUCAUGCUGUGGUGGGGAGCAAAAAGUCAGAUCACGAUCUCUCGCAACUGAAAGAUCAUCCCUUGAGAUCACAUGGAGGUUUGAGUGAACAGCAAAUUCCAGUGCUCAUGUCUAAGCCAGUGAGUAGGCAAUUGGUAACUGGAAAGAGCUGGCGGAACUAUGAUAUCUUUGAUCUUGUUCUUAACUGGUCUGCUUGA